AUGAAACACUGUUGGCCCUUCCUGAAUCAACAACAGCACAGUUCAGAGCCGCAGAACCCCGAGGAGCCAGUCCGUCCAGCAGGCGACCGCAGCAGUGGUGGUGUAUCUGAGGAGAGCCGGCCACAGACGAGCAGCAGGAGUCUGGAGCCUCCGCCUGAUGUCCCCUACUCCGCAGCAGGACUGACCUACAUCGGGAACCAGGUGAGGACUGAUGCUGAGGACCAUGAAGGGACCAUCACUGAUUAUUGUUUGUCUCUCAACAGAACUCAGACGCUGGAAACGUACACACAGGACGAGGACCCUCUGGAAGGCGGCUCCGGAUCAGCCUCAGCGCCGCAGCAGGAGCAGGGGCCUUCUCUCCAGGGCUUCCUCAAACACAAGGAGCAGGAGAAACUGAAGAAGCUGCCUCCGAACCGAGUGGGCGCUAACUUCGACCACGGCUCGCACACGGACGCUAACUGGCUUCCCUCGUUUGGGCGAGUGUGGGAGACCGGCCGGCGCUGGCAGUCCAGAGGGCAGUUCCGGAGAGAGGAGGAGCAGAAGAAGAGGAGGAGCAGAAGAAGAGACAGACGAGGAGGAGGAGCAGAAGAGGAGGAUGGAGGACAACACUGA